AUGGCCGCCGACACCGCACCCCUGGCGUACCUCCUGGCGGAGGCCAGCGGCCCGGCCCUGCGCCUGGGUCAGGCCAUCUGCCUGCUGCCCGGGGUGAUGCUCCGACCGAGGGUCAUGGCCGGGGCGUCCGGCGACCAGGCCGCCGGCCGGGCCGACCGCCGCACCCUGGUGCUGCUGGACGCCGCGCCGGCAGGACCCCGGGUGCUGCGGUGUGUCCUCCCCGGGCCCCGGGCCCAUCCCCAUGGCCAUCCCCGCGCCAGCCUUUGA